AUAUAUAUUGCUAAUUAUUAAGGAAAAGAUACCGGUAAAGUAUAAGUGGAUGGCUUAUAAUUCCAGUGCAAAGCUAGAGUGACCAGGCCAACUGUACUGGGAGGAAAUUUUAUUCUUACUGUUGCUUCAGAUGUUUUAGGCUUUCAUUAUUAUUACUAUUAUUAUUUUUGUAUUUAUAGGUGACAACGAACUGGGGCUUUGUACUUGUAUCUUCUUUGAUCCAGCAGAUGAGGAUGGAAAGGAACCAGGGGUUUUUAUAACUGAAAUUAUUGAAGGAGGUGCAGUUCACAAACUUGGAUGUAUCCGUGUAUUUGACCAGAUUAUUAAAAUAGGUGACAUCAAUCUAAUUGGAUUGGAUGAAGCAGAAAUCAUCUCUACUUUUAAAAAAAUGGACGAUUCUCCUUUCCAGAUUGAAAUUGGCCGCGAACCACCUGAAGUCAAGUCAGAACUUAUAGUACGCCUCAAGUUGUCAGAGGAAAGGAAGAAAUAUUUUAUGAAUUCGCUCAUAGUACAGGAAAAAAUUGGAGAUAUCACUAUUGUGAGAGGACAAGCAAGUAUUUGUACAACUUCAAGAGAACCGUGGUACUGGAUGGCCAGUAACCUGAAAUUUGUUAUUGGGGCACUGAAAAUAUUAAUAGAAGAAGAUCAGGGAUGUAGAAAAGACUUCCAAGCUAUCUUUGAGCAGGCUAACAUUUUUCAAGAAAAAUAUAAAGACAUGAACACAUACAAAGUGAAUAUGGAACAGAAACCUGAUGAAUCAGAUAAAGAAGGCACAUUUUUACCAUUGGCCCCAGAAGAAGAAUUAUUACUAGGACAAUUUAAAAUAAAGCCUAAAGAGAUAAAAAAUGAAGAUUUAUCACCAGGGCAAUUAUUAGCCCAAGGGGAUUUCAAUUCAGGUGUGAAAAAUGAGGCACAGAGAAGAUAUUCAGAUAGUUACCUUCCCAGCGGUGACUUCAUGGCUUCUGGCUCUAAAAGCAAUACCAUAGCGACCCCAAUAAAAAAAGAAAAAGAAGAAGAAGAAAUAGUAGUGGAGGAAGAGAUUAUUAGCACUGGAAAACCUACAGAGGGAAAGGCUAAAAAGAGAUUUUCCUGGUUCCGCAAUAUCAAAGAACGCAAGCUGUGGAACUUCUUUCAUUUUAAAAAACAUGACAAACAAGUAAAGAAUGUGCACAAGUGGGAAGAAAUUGAUCAAGAGGUAUUGGAAGAUUACUGUCCUUAUUCUACUGAAGCCCCUAAAACAUUGCCAACAGAGUGGACAAAUAUUGAAGUUGGUAAUUGGUUAUGGAGCAUUGGAAUGGAGGAGUAUGUUGUAAAAUUUUAUUGUAAAGGAAUAACUGGUGAAAAACUCCUUACACUGGACAAUCGCUCGCUAAAAGAAAUCGAAGUCAACAGAAAGAAAGACCGCCGGAAAAUACUUAAGGCUAUUAAGAAAGUUAGAGAUUUUUGGGAAAAAAAUCAUAUUUUCGUCUUACUAUAGAAAUUGAUGGAAAGAAGACACAGAACCUGAAAGAUAUGGCAAAAAUGGAAAAUGCAAUUACUUUUGUUCUUUUUACUUUUCAUCAUUUUACUUCUAUGUUACUUUUGUUAUAUGAACUUUUAAGGGAUUUUACUUCCAUGUUACUUUUGUUAUAUUUACUUUUCAUCAUUUUACUUGUAUGUUACUUUUGCUAUAUGAACUUUUAAGGGAUUUUACUUCCAUGUUACUUUUGUUAUAGGAACUUUUAUUCAUUUUAUUGUUACUUUUGUUAUUAUUAACUUUUAAUCAUUUCACUUCCAUGUUACUUUUGUUAUAUGAACUUUUAAUGGAUUUUACAUCCAUGUUACUUUUGUUAUAUGAACUUUUAAGGGAUUUACUUCCAUGUUAUUUUUGUUAU